AUGAAUGUGAUAAUUGGAGUGUUGAGUACGCUAUUUGGCUUCCUCUCGUUGGUGGGAGCCGAAUGCGGGAAGAAUGUUACUGAGUUUUGCCCGCGUUACGAGUAUCGACUUAUCAAAAAGCGAGCAGACGGUUUUUUAGGUGCAAUUUGGGAGGACAAGACGAGAAUCGUUGAAGUGGUAGACGGAUGUCUUCUACAAGCUUGGGAUCUUCGAAAUCAAACUGGAGCUUCGCGAGCACUUGGCCUCGAUGGACGCUCUUUUUAUGAUCUCAGUCACUACGCUUUCGCUAACCGGAUAUCGAGUUUAAAAUGCACUUGUGUA